UUUCACGGACAAGCACUGGGUGACUCUCCUCUGGGACUCGGUCUCCUCCGGAGUCUUUUUACGCACAGAUACAACCGCGAACUCUUCCUUCUUUUUUCACAUCUGUGCGCACAGCUGACUUCUAUUUUGUAGCUGACAAUAUAAGAAGAAACGGGAGAUGUUUGGGAUUUGGAAGGGACUCGCCGGGCUGUCCGCUUGCUGGUGUCUGUUGAUGCUUAUUCAUUGUUUGCCUCAAACAGAUGCAGCCUACAUAUGCAACGCCAAUCAGUUUAAGUGCGGAAAUGGGAGGUGCAUCACCCGCAGGUGGAUUUGUGAUGGAAGUGAUGAUUGUGGUGAUGGAACUGAUGAGCUGCCCGCUAGCUGUGGAGUCAAAAUCUGUCGGGAUUCGCAGUUCAACUGUGGCGAUCCCAUGAGCCAGUGCAUACCAAAAGACUGGCAAUGUGACGGCAAAGCCGACUGUACUAACGGCGCUGAUGAGAAAAACUGCACGGCCAAGCAGUGUGACGAUCGUGAGUUUCGUUGUGCCAAUGGUCAGUGCAUAUCCAAGAGCUUUGUUUGCGACAAUGACAACGACUGCUCAGAUGGCUCAGAUGAGGCUUCCUGUCCCAAACCCACCUGUAACCCUCGCUCCUUCCAAUGCAACAACUCAAUGUGCAUACCUGCGAUAUGGCGCUGCGAUGGAGACAGCGACUGCUCCGAUGGGUCUGAUGAGUGGCCCCAGAACUGUGAGGGAAGGAAGCCAGAGAAGAUGCCUCGCUGCAGCUCUCACGAGUUCCAGUGUGCGAAUGGGGACUGUAUCCAUGGCAACUGGAAGUGUGACGGAGGGUUCGACUGCCUGGAUCGUUCGGACGAGGCUAAUUGCACUCAUUCUACUUGCCGCUCAGAUGAGUUCCAGUGUAAGGACGGCUCCUGCAUUAACAAAAGCCUCCAAUGUAAUGGACAUCCUGACUGCAGGGACCUCACUGAUGAGAUUGAAUGUGAUACAGUAUGUGAAGGCCCAAACAAGUUCCAGUGUCGCAGUGGGGAGUGCAUCGACACGGAGAAUGUGUGCAACAAGCAGAACGACUGCAAGGACGGGUCUGAUGAACCAGCGAAAGAGUGUGACAACAAUGAGUGUUUGACCGGAAAUGGCGGCUGCUCUCACCACUGCAACGAUCUGAAGAUUGGAUACAACUGCUCCUGUCCUGCUGGAUACAGGCUGAAGGCGGACAACAAAACCUGCGAAGACAUUGACGAAUGUGCUGAGCCGGACACUUGCACUCAGAUCUGCAUCAACUUGCCUGGCAGCUACAAGUGUGAUUGUGAAGAGGACUAUAUGAUUGACCCUGCAACCAAAACUUGCAAGGCUCAAUCAGGCACAGUGCCCACCUUGUACUUCACCAUCAAACACGAGGUGAGGAAGCUGGCAGUGGACCGCAGCGAGUACGUGCGUGUGAUCCCACAGCUGAAGAACGCAGUGGCUCUCGACAUGGAUAUGCCAAACAAGAUGAUCUUCUGGUCUGACCUGUCUCUGAAGAAAAUCUACAGCUCUAUGAUAGAUGUGGCUGGCAAUUCCUCUCACCACAGUGUGGUGGUUGACAGUGGGAUAGAGGCCCCAGAGGGCAUUGCGGUGGACUGGAUCCAUGGCAACAUCUACUGGACUGACAGUGUUUUGAAGACUAUUUCUGUAGCAACAACGGAUGGCAGUAAGAAGAAGACCCUCAUCGCAACAGACCUGGACAAGCCACGAGCCAUCACAGUCGAUCCAGUAAACAAUUUGAUGUACUGGACAGACUGGGGUGAAGAAGCUAAGAUUGAGAAGAGUGGGCUGAACGGUGCAGAUCGCACUACUUUAGUAAAAGACAACAUUGUGUGGCCGAAUGGCAUCACCCUGGACAUGGUCAGCCAGCGUCUAUACUGGGUGGACUCCAAGCUGCACUCUCUCUCCAGCAUCGAUGUGAAUGGAGCGUCCCGACACAGUCUCAUUAUUAAUGAGGAAAAACUCUCCCACCCACUCUCCCUGACCGUCUUUGAGGAGAAAGUAUUUUGGACAGACCUGAGCAACGCUGCUGUGUUUAGUGCCAACCGCUUGACAGGAAGCGACAUCACUGAGCUGGUAAAGGACCUGGGCCAGCCAGAAGACAUCGUACUGCACCACAACCUCAAGCAGCCAGCCAGUUCAAACUGGUGCACGAAUGGAGGUUGUGAGUUCCUGUGCCUACCUGCCCCUCAGAACGACCCACAGUCUCCCAGAUACACCUGUUCCUGUCCUGAUGGCAUGGUCCUGGGACCGGACAUGAAGAAAUGCGUGGCAGGUCCCACAAAUCCUGCUACACCCAGACAGCCAGACCCGACCACCACAACUACAACCACCAAGAAACCCACAACUACCUCUGCUGUGCAACCUAAUCAGAAAACAGAGAAGCCUGCCGUCACUGCUCAAGGUGACAAACAAGCAGCCGUGCAGCCUGAAGAAGCCCCACCCUCCCACCCUGUUGCUCUCUACGUUGUGUUGCCACUGAUGAUUAUGGCCCUGCUGGUAUUUGGAGCAAUGUACCUCUGGAGACACUGGCAUAGGAAGAACACCAACACCAUCCACUUUGACAACCCCGUGUACCAGAAAACCACAGAGGAUGAGUUACACAUCUGCAGGAAUGGCUCUGACGGCUACGUGUAUCCUGAGCGGCAAAUGCUGAGCAUGGAUGACACGGAUAUGGCUUGACCUGCCAAUGAAGAAAAAACUAGUUUUAUUUGAAGUGCUGGAAACAAGAAUCGCUGCUUAACAACAUCAUUCCCUUCCUCCGCUGACCUCAUUGUGUGGCUUAUGUCUCUGACCUCAGCACUGUGCCGUCCAAGCCUGCAAAAGGGUUGAAAGAAAAGGGAACAAUCUUUGAAACUUAGGAAAAUAGGGCAUAAAGAAGUCCGACCACUAAAUUAUUACUAAAUGAAGGACUAUUGGAUAGUUUCAGUAGAUGAUGUUCUUAGUCCUGGAGCCAUGAUUCUUUUGAUGCUAUCUAUAUUUUUUAGGCAUUCUUGCUAAGAUACAGAUUGUUACAACACCUUUGGGUGCCGAUUUACAAGCUUCACUUGAAAAGCCUAAACCAUGUUGUCUUAACACUCCUGUAUGCCUUCCAGUCACACUCUUUUAGGUUAGUGAAGUUUAUGGAUGCACAUACAGUAAAUGCCUUAGUAAUCCCACUCCACUGAGUCUUCACAGCAUCAUAUUAUGGCCUUCUGUUAUCCUGCAUACAGAGUUUGACAGUCAGUCAUUUAUAUUGCUGUCAUCUCUAAUGUUUUCUGUUCGAAUCCAUAAGAUAUGAGUGUGGUGGAUUACAUAUGGUUUACACUGUAAAUCACCAAAGCUGCUACGUUUUCUGAAGUUAACCAAAAUGAAGAAAAUGCUUGAAAAUCCUUUUUUCUUCUUUUUUUUUCUUUUUAUGAAGAUAAUUAAGGUAAAAGUGAUUGUAGAUGAUUUCUUACACAGCUCUAUGAACUGUUUCUGUAUAUAUUUUCUGUAAAUAUAUCUGUCUGUGUCGUCUUUUUACGUUUGUAAAUUUUAAUCGAGAAACACUGUAAAUAGGUAAUAGAUUAUUUUAUUUAUUUAUGGAAAUAUGAGAGCUACGGUUUUUGAUUGUUGUCUGCUGGCUGUGAAUGUGGUACUUACUACAUGUUAAGUGAGGUGGGCUAACCUCUACAUCGUGCAGCUGUUAUUUAAGUUAUGUCAGUCAAACCUUUGCGUACGCUGCUCAGUUUCCUGGACAAGUCACCACACCUGAGAACUCUUAUUAGCAUUUUAUGGUUUACACAGCAGCACUGAAGAAACUGUUAUUAUUCCUCACUCCUUUGCUUUUUCAAUACAGCCGUGAAUCAGAUAACUUAUUUUUCUUUUUCUUUUACUGUGAUGUUUUGUUUUGAUUGUGGGAUUGAGGCACAUACAGCACGACUGUACACAAAGCAUAAUGUUCUCAUUCAACUCAGAAUGUAUGCAUGAGUCUCUUUGUUAAAUGCACAUAUCUUUUUUCCCCUUUUUGGUUGUGUUGGUAUUUUUUUUAAUAAAAAACAAAAAAGGAAAUAUU